CUGUCGAUGCCGUUUCUGUUGUCUUUUCUCUCUCUGUCUCUCUCUCUCUCUUCUUGACAAAAACAAAUAUUUUCUUGAAUCUCAAAUCAUCUUAUCACCUACCUCGGCGACAAUUCAGGCAAGGGAACUCAGAUCUAUACGGGCGAAAGUGAAUUCGAACUGGCGAUAUCAAUCUCAAUCAUAAGAAAUCUCUCCGCAUCUAAUCCUACGGUUGCUUCAUCGUUUCUUCUUCUCUGAAACUACUGAUCCGAGGAGUGUUUUGAUAUAUUCAUAAUCGAGGAAUAUGUUGACCAAGUACGUGGCAAAGAGUGACAGAGUUCAGGGGCUGAUCUUUCGAACCAAACGACCAUGGACUCUCGCGAGUUUGCUUUGGGAUUUCCGUGUGAUGAACCUGUUCGUGGUCUUUAUUUCCACAUAUGACAGCCUUUCUUCCUCUCACAAGGCUCUACUUGAAGUGAAAGAUGAGCUGCAAAAGAGCUUGGGAAGAGAGAGCCAAGGGAAGCUGAAAUAGCUAAAGAGAUCAAAAUGACUACGGGUGAAGUUAAAAAAAGAAAAAUUGAAAUUGGUAGAGCUGCAAGAAACAAAACUUAUUAAGACAACGAACUCUAAAGGGAUUUCUCAAGUGUGCAAACAACAUUGUUUGGUGACAUGAAGUGUAUCCAAGGUGUUUCGAGAUCGGAAGAUGAAGAAGGUGAAGAUGAUGAUCAGGUCGGAGACGAAGAGCAGCGAAGAUGAUGAUCAAGGCGACAAAGUUGUCCUCGGCGUGAGUUUCCACUCCAAGAGGCCUUGGAUUCUCGCGAGUCUGGACAGAGGCGGGAUCGAGCUGUGGGAUUAUCGUAUGGUGGCGUUGAUCAAAAGGUUUGGUAAGCAUCAGUUACCUGUUCGUGGUGUGCACUUCAACAACUUAAGGCCGUUGUUCGUCUCCGGAGGUGAUGAUUUCGUCGUUAAGGUCUGGAACUACGACACAGGCAAGUGCCAUCUCUCUCUUCUCGGGCAUGAAGGUUCUGUCCGCACUGUCCAGUUCCACCCCGAUUCCCCCUGGAUCCUGAGUGCUAGUGAAGAUAAGACUAUCCGCAUAUGGGACUGGAAAUCAGGGCAAUCAGGGCAAUCUCUUUAUCUCUUGAAUGGUCACACGGAUUGGGUUACCUGCGCCUCGUUUCAUCCUACUACCGGAUCCAUCUUGUCAGGAUCUAGAGAUCAGACUGUGCGUAUUUGGGAUCAGGAGAAACCAUUUUCUGGGCCUUUUGUUAGCAAGGUGCUUACUACUCAUACUAAAGGAGUCAACUCCGUUUCUUUUCACCCAACCGACCGGCGUCUUAUUGUCUCUUGUUCUGAUGACCAAGUAAAGUUGUUGUGUCUUAAGACGGAUGGAAGUCUUGCAGGAACAAGAUUGAAGACAGAAGACAUAUUGGAGACAAAACACCCUUUGGAUGACGACACUUACACAAAUGCCUCCUUUCAAGUAAAUUCUUCCCCAAUUGUCUCCACUACUACACGAGGGAGGAUCCGUGUGUGGGAUCCCAGUGUCUGGGAUAGCCGCCGAAAUGAACUUGACACUUUCGACCUUAAACACAUAUUCUCGUCACUAGCAGUUCACCCUGAGACGAAUCUAAUUGCCGCAGGACAUGACAGUGGUUUCAUCGUCUUCAAACCUGAUAGACAACGUCCUGCAUUUGCUGUGAGUGGAAAUUUCUUAACCUAUGUCAGGGGUCCUGGUUUGUUCGUAUAUGAUUUCUGCGCACAGAGAGAAUCUCAACAUCCAGCAAACCAUAUUGUGAAGAUAUUUUCUUUCAAUCCAGAAAGGGAUGCAAUUCUCGCUUCCUCAAAUGUGGAUGGCGCUUCUUACGAGAUGUACUACUACCUCCAACCAACCCUUACAUAUCUCCCUGCGACAACCAAUACGGUUUCUGCUAUCUUUGUUUCAACAGAUACCUUUGUGGUUCUGCAGAAAGACCCCAGAAUGCUUCUACUCAAGACCUUGGACGGCAGCAUGCUCUCUCAGAUCUCUCUCCCACUGAUCACUGAGGCUACCGUUGAUACUAUAUUCUAUGCUGGGACUGGGUAUUUGCUUUGCAGAUCUGAGGAGAAAUUAGAGAUGUUGGACCUGCAGCAAAGCCUGGUUGUUUGUGAAAUCCAGACUCCAUCUGUUGUUAGAUCCGUUGUUUGGUCCAGUGAUAUGGAGAGGGUUGCUUUGCUCAGCAAACAUACCAUCAUGAUCGCAAGUAAAAGUCUCGUCCUCCAGUGCACCCUUCAUGAGACUAAUCGUGUGAAAAGCGGAGCUUGGGACGAUGGCUUUGGUGUCUUGAUCUACACAACUUUAAACCACCUCAAAUUCUGUCUUCCUAAUGGCGAGAGUGGAAUCAUCCGAACCCUCGAUGUCCCUUUUUAUGUCACCAAAGUCUCACGAGACUUGGUAUAUUGCUUGGACCGCCAAGUGAAGCUCAAGAUUUUUAGAAUUGUUUCAAGUGAAUAUGCUCUCAAGGUUUCACUCCUCAGGGAGAACUUCGACCAUGUCAAGAGUAUGAUCCGUACCUCCCAGCUGCCCGGGCAGGCUAUGGUCCAUUAUCUCCAGCAGAAAGGAUUCCCUGAAGUUGCUUUUCCUCUAGCUCAUGAUGAAAAGACCCGAAUUAGCCUUGUUAUUGAAAGUGGCAACAUAGACGCUGCUGUUACACCAGCUAGAACUCUUAAUGAGAAAGAUCAGUGGCACAAACUUGCUGUGGGUGCUCUUAGAUAUGGUAGGGUAGGUGUGGCCAAACUUGCUUACAAGGAGGCACAGAAUUGGCAAAGGCUGGCCUUUCUCCAUCUCUUAACUGGAGACUUGAAGAACCUGGAAUCUGUUGUGGAGGAGAGCAAUAGUUUCAUGUUGAAGUUUGAACAUUCACUUUUCGUGGGAGAUGUGGCAUCGCGUGUCAAGGUACUAGAGGACGCAGGGCACUUACCUCUUGCCUAUAUCAUAGCUUCGGUUCAUGGAUUAUGCGAUACUGCUGAGCUUUUGGCAAAUAAGCUGGGACACAAUGUGCCUUCCUUGCCUGAAGGUAAAAAGUCUUCCCUUCCUAUGCCCCCAGCGCCUAUCUUGUGUGAACAUGAUUUGCCUGUCCUGGAGAAGAAGUUUGUGUCUUAGAAAGAGCCGUUUAGAACCAGUAGCUUCAACACAGAUGAAUAAAAGAAGAAGAAGAAGAAGAAGAACAAGAAGAAGAUGAAGAAGAAGAAGAAUAAGCUUGCUUGGUUUUAAUCUCUGCUACUUAUAUGUUUAAGACAUGGCGUGAUGUGAUCGCAGGACGCGACCUCAGCCAAGAAGACCAAGACACGCCGGACGCGACCGAGACGGCUGACCAAGACGCAUCACCGACUGAAAGUUGGCCGUAAGUCCAAGCCGCGUCCAUACCGCGAUCGUACCGAGACCGCGUCCGGCGGUCACAUCAUGGCGUCUGUGCUCAGUCUUGUGUGUUACUCAAUUGCAUUCUUGUUUCUGAUUUUGAAGAAGGGAUUUAGAAUCGUGGGUAGGGUUUAUUUGGUUUUAAUCUCUGCUACUGAUAUGUUUAAGUCAUUGCGUCUGAGUGAAUUUGGAGCAUCGUCUCCUUCCCCUUUUCUUAAAUCAAACGAGAACAGAUGUUUCAAUCA